AUGACCGAGCCCCCGAGCACGCCGAAACGUCCAGCAGCUGGUGAUGAUGACGACGAAGACGACUGGGAUGCUAAAAAGAUAAAAAAAGUUAUCAAGACUCCGUAUCACCCUCGACAGAGGUAUCCGAGUCGAGAUGUCGAGACUACCCCUCGACGAGAGCCUCUGGAGACACCUCUGGAGAGCAGAUCUGCAGCUUCAGCUGGUACCAAUGACAUCCUGGAGCCGGAGCUGACGGAUCGUGAGAAGGAGGAAAUCCUCAGGUACGUGGAGAACGAGGCACCUGAGGUCGAGGCUCUCGAUGAGGCCACGUUAAAGAGGAUGGUCUUGCUUUUCGAGAAAAGAGCCCUCAGGAACCAGGAGAUGAGGGUCAAAUUCCCAGAUCAACCGGAAAAGUUCAUGGAAUCCGAAGUGGAGCUGCACGAGACCCUCCAGGAGCUCCACGUGGUGGCGACAAAUCCCGAGCUUUAUCCCCUGAUGGUGGAACUAGGUGCGAUCCCCUCAUUACUAGAAUUGCUCUCCCACGAGAACACAGACAUUGCAGUAGGCGUGGUGGAUCUCAUCCAGGAGCUGUCCGACGUGGACAUCCUCCACGAGAGCCAAGAGGGUGCAGACGCCCUGAUAGAUGCCCUCCUGGAGCAACAGGUGUGCGCACUCCUGGUGCAGAACCUCGACAGACUGGACGAGUCCGUGAAGGAGGAGAGCGACGGUGUCUUCAAUACUCUAGCUAUUUUCGAGAAUCUCCUGGAGUUCAGGCCCGAGUUGUGCAUUGAUGCUGGAAAACAGGGACUCCUCCAGUGGCUACUCAGGAGGAUCAAAGCUAAAAUGCCAUUUGACGCCAACAAACUCUACGCCAGUGAGUUACUCUCGAUUUUACUCCAGAACACACCAGAAAAUAAACUCGUCCUUGGGGAUCUCGAUGGGAUCGAUGUCCUUCUUCAACAACUAGCUUACUACAAGAGGCACGACCCCCAGACAGCCGAGGAACAGGAGAUGAUGGAGAAUCUCUUCAACGUCCUCUGCUCGAGUCUGAUGGCAACAGUGAAUCGUGAGCGUUUCCUGAGGGGUGAGGGUCUCCAGCUGAUGAACCUGAUGCUGAGAGAGAAAAAAAUGUCAAGAAAUGGUUCCCUGAAGGUGCUGGACCACGCGAUGAACGGUCCAGAUGGCAAGGACAACUGCAUGAAGUUCGUGGACAUCCUGGGGCUUCGCACCAUCUUUCCACUCUUCAUGAAGACCCCAACGAAGAACAGGAAGAAGGUGUUCACUGCUGAAGAGCACGAGGAACACGUCGUCUCCAUUAUUGCAAGCAUGUUGAGAAAUUGCAAAGGACAGCAGAGACAGCGAUUGCUCAGCAAAUUCACGGAGAAUGAUUACGAGAAAGUCGACAGACUCAUGGAGCUGCACUUCAAGUAUUUGGAGAAGGUCGAGGAGGUGGAGAGCAAUUCCAAGGAC